AUGGAGGAGAUCGACUUUGAUGAGGAGCGCCGGAAGACGGUGAAGCAGCUGGCGCAGCGGCGCCCCGUGCCGAACCGCGGAUGUUCGCCCAGCGUCUUUUUGACGAUGGCAGGGCAAGUGAUUUGUGUGAUCGCACUCGUCGUUGGGCUGGUCGUUUUCAAUGUCCAAUGGAGGAGGUAUGGUGCCGCCUGGGGCGGCGACCUGGUGUGGCAAUGCAAGUUGGUCUCCUGCGAGCUGAGAUAUGCCUAUCAUGGGACUCAGGAGGGAGUGAACGUGCAGAUCAGGAGAGGCCUCAUGAAGCUUCUGAAGAGGACCUUGCCCAAGAGAUUCAUUGAGCCCGCUGAUGAAUGGAUCGAGGGCUUUGUCGCGGGCAAUGCGGAGAGCUUUCCGCCCUUGUGGAACCUGGAGCUCUGCGAAACGUCCUCCUUCCGUUCCUGGCUCUUCAGCGGCUUCUGCGAGAGUAGCAUGGUCUCGGGACACCUGGUGGGUGGCACUACCUGGACAACAAACAGCUCGAGGACGCGUAGAUUACCGUGUCGUUGA